UUCACAAGUCUCCAUUUCGGCCCCCAAACUGCGGGAGGCCUAAAGAAUUCUAUUCCCACCUGGCAUACCAGCCAAGCACGCGAUAUAGCUAACGACAUGAUCUCUCCGAUUGGUCUCUCUGGGUUUCCGCGCCUCCGUCCCAAAGUCUCCGACGAAGACUACAUAAUCCCCUCCCGCCCAGCCAGGGAUAUCGUCUUCUCACCAGCGCUCAGCCCUGAUUCCAACUCUUCAGUCCCAUCUCAAUCCCAACUCAACAUGACAAACACAAUCUACCUCAUCACCGGUGCAAACCGUGGAAUCGGCCGCGGCCUCGUCGCAGCGCUCCUGUCCCGCCCCAACAUAACCGUCAUCGCCGCCGUCCGCAACCCCAACGCCGAAUCCUCAACCUCCCUUGCAGCCCUCCCAAAAGCACCCGAGUCGGUCUUAAUCAUCGUGCAAAUCGACUCUCAAUCCCCCACCGACGCAGCCACCGCCGUCGAAACCCUCCAAACAACCCACGCCAUCACGCACAUCGACGUCGUCAUUGCUAACGCCGCGGUAGGCAACGACUACUCGCCCGUCCGCAGUGUCCCCCUCUCCGUCGUCCGCGAGCACGUCGAGACCAACGCCUACGGGCCCUUGGUGCUGUACCAAGCAGUGUAUCCGCUCCUCAUCAAGAGCGCGAAGCCCAUAUUUGUUGGUGUCGGUAGCGCGAUGGGCACGAUCGGGGCCAUGGAGCAGAGACCGUUCCCGAGCGCCGCGUACGGGCCAAGUAAAGCGAUGCUGCAUUGGAUCGUUCGCAAGAUCCAUUUUGAGGAGGCGGACUCGGGCGUUGUGGCUUUUGUUGCGGAUCCCGGCUGGGUCGACACCGAUAUGAGCGAUCAUUCUGCCAAGGUACUGGGCGUUCCGAAGCCCGCUCAGGCUGUUCCAGAGACUGUCGAUGGCAUUCUGGGAACAAUCGACGGGGCGACGAGGGAGUCGGUUGGUGGGCAGUGGCGCGUUUGGGAUGGGUCGGAGUUCCCCUGGUAGAGCGAUUCGGUUUACUUCUGGGGAGUCCAGAGCAAGACAAGGACUGUUAUCUCUCGACUCCUAAUCCGAAGAGGUUAUCCGUGGUGAGAUAUGCCAAAUGGGGUGGAUUGGUUUGAGAAAGGUUCUCGUCUCGGACCUACACAAGCUUACUGAUUGAAAGGAAGCUCUGCAAGGGAGUCCGACUGGAUCUUAAGCUUCUCUAACUCGCAUAAAUAUGGGGUACCUAGAAUGUACAUCAAGACCCUGAUACCACUAUAGAUCCAUUAUGCUAUAUCCACCCAUCCACUCAACAUCGAGGUAGUUUAGCGUGGAGAAGUAUGUCGCCAUGCAUACAGCGCGUUGAGACCCGGUAGGCCGAUGUUGCGAUUCCCAUUCAUUGUGCCGAAAGAUUUCUUGUCGAUGGCCUUCUCGAGACGGGGAAAAGGCGGGACUCGGCGGCUGAAGUUGAAUACCAACAAUGGGAUGGAUAAAAUCCGCCGUAAGCGGCUAUUCAACCUCGGAACGCG